UUCCUCCUUAAUAAACCCUCCACUUUACCUUUAUUACCAUUUUGGCAUUUAUUUUCUUCUUCCCAAAUUUCAUAAUCAUGUUCUUCGUGAACCCCACCCAUCUUUCAUAAUCUCAUAACCUAAUUGCGUCUAUAAACUUGUAUAUAUACAAUAAUUUCGAUUUGAAUUCAAAUACAUACCAUUAUUUCCAUCAAUGGAUCCAGCAGAGCUCCGCCGCGUCUUCCAAAUGUUCGAUCGCAAUGGCGACGGGAAGAUCACGAGACAAGAACUGGCAAAAUCGUUAGAAAAUUUGGGGAUCUACAUUCCGGACGACGAUCUGGUGCAGAUGAUCGAUAAAAUCGAUGUGAACAGAGACGGAUUUGUGGAUAUGGAUGAGUUCGGCGAGCUUUAUCAGACGAUAUUGGGGGAGAGAGAUGAAGAAGAGGAUAUGAGAGAAGCGUUCAAUGUGUUUGAUCAGAAUAGAGAUGGAUUCAUCACGGUGGAGGAAUUGAGAUCUGUUUUGGGAUCGUUAGGGUUACGGCAGGGGCGGAGCUUGGAGGAAUGCAAGAUGAUGAUCAAGAAGGUGGAUGAAGACGGUGACGGAAUGGUGAACUAUAAAGAAUUCCGGCAGAUGAUGAAAGCCGGUGGCUUCGCCGGAUUGCAGCCUUGAAAUAGUUUUCAUUUUAUUAUUUCAUUUAAUUAUU